GAAGCGGCACAACGAGGAUCGUUUCAAGCUUUGCAAUACUUACUCGACAGUAAGAAAGCGACACCAAACGACAUUGACUCGCAAGGCGUCACUCCGCUUCAUUACGCAUCGCUUAAUAACCAUGAUAUCUGUGCAAAGUACUUGAUUGAUCGCGGUGCCCUUGUUGAUAAACCAGGCGGUGAUUUACAAGCAACACCACUUCACUGGGCCACCAGG